ACCACCGUCGUACCGAUCUCCGUUCGUCACGUUCAAAAUCGAAAAGCCUCUGUAAACCCCCUGAAUUCCAAACCCUCGCCCGCUCCCAACUCCUCUCCCCGCAUCGAUCGGCGCCUCCGCGCGACCGCGACGGCGGCGGCGGCGGCGCUCCGCGUUCCUCCCGUAAGCUCCGCCCGCUUCCGCCUAGGAAUGUCUCACGGCCUCGGCCGCCGCGGCGGCGGCAGCGACGACGACGACGACGACGACGAGGUGUCGAGCGGCAGCGAGGACGGCGGCGCUUCGUUCGACGAGGACAUGGAGGCUCUGAGGCGCGCCUGCAUGCUCACCGGCGCCGACGUCGUCCGGGCGGACGGCCUCGACUUUGCGGCGCCGGAUCCCGGCAGCGCCGCCGCCGCCGACGACGACGACGACGACGACGACGACGAAGACGAUCUCCAGCUGGUGAGGAGGUUGCAGGAGCGGUUCUCCGCGGACUUGGCGAAUCCCCUGACGCUGAAGCCCCUGGCGUCGCUCCAUCCGCCGCCGACGGCUGCUGCCGCGGCGGCGACGUCCGACGAGGACGAGGACGACUUCGAGACGCUCCGCGCGAUUCAGAACCGGUUCUGCUCUUAUGAUCACAGUAACACGGAGAACAGCAAGAAUGGCUUAUCUAGCACUGGUAGCAUGUCCAAUGCUAUGAAUGUAAAUAUAUUUGGCGGUUGUAAAGUCUUUCCAGAUGAUGAGGAUGCUCAUGACAGCAAUCAGACAUUGAAUAAAGAUGAGUGCCAGCCUUCUGCUAUUAUUGAGUGGCACCAGCCAGCUCAGAAGCAGCAAGGGCUGGCCAAAUAUUCUUCCUUUCCAAAAUCUGGCCAGAUAUUUAUUGACACCCUUAAGAAGAACAGGUCUUGUCAGAAGCUUAUUAGAAGUAAGUUAAUUCAGAUUGAAGCAAGAAUCGAGGAGAUCAAAAAGCUGAAGGAACGUGUCAAAAUCCUUAAAGAUUUUCAGAUUUCUUGCAGACAAAGAACUGGGAAGGCAUUAUCCCAGAAGAAGGACCCCCGUGUUCAACUUAUAUCAGCACGGAAGACUAUCAAAGAUUCAAAGGUCAAUGAUAGAAAGGUUUCUGCCGUGCAUUAUGGGCCAGCUGAGAAUUCCCAUGUCUCUAGUUAUAGAAUGGCGCUGACAAGAUUUCCCCUUUCACUUCAGCGAAGCAAAUGGUCAGAGGUAGAGAAGGAAAAUCUUGGAAAAGGAACAAAACAACAAUUUCAAGAAACAUUGCUUCAAAUUAGCCUGGAACGAUUCAGUGCUCCAGAUGGAGACCAAUAUGGCUUCGAAGAUAUACUUUCAUCAAUCAGAGAUCUUGAUAUCACGCCUGAAAGUAUCAGAGAAUUUUUGCCAAAGGUUAAUUGGGAUCAGUUGGCCUCCCUAUACAUUCCGGGUAGAUCUGGCGCCGAAUGUGAGGCCAGAUGGUUGAAUUGGGAAGACCCCUUGAUCAAUCACGGCAGGUGGACAGUUGAAGAAGAUAAACGUCUUUUGUUUUCCAUCCAAGAAAAAGGGAUAAAUAAUUGGUUUGAGGUAGCGGUAUCUUUAGGGACAAAAAGAACGCCAUUUCAAUGCUUGGCCCGCUAUCAAAGGAGCUUAAAUCCUUGCAUACUGAAAAGUGAGUGGACUCCUGAUGAGGAUGCUCAGCUUCGUGCUGCAGUGGAGAUUUUGGGUGAGGGUGAUUGGCAAGCUGUAGCUUCGGCUUUGGAAGGACGAACUGGAACUCAAUGCUCCAAUCGAUGGAAGAAAACUCUUCAUCCUGCUAGGCAAAGGGUUGGUAGGUGGACUGCAGAUGAAGAUAAACGUUUGAGAGUAGCUGUGAAGCUCUUUGGCCCUAAAAAUUGGAUGAAGAUAGCUGAUUUUGUACCAGGUCGAACUCAAGUACAGUGCAGAGAGAGAUGGGUCAACUCUUUAGAUCCAUCACUGAAUUGGAAUCCAUGGACACCAGAAGAGGAUACCAUGUUGGAGGCAGCAAUAGCAGAACAUGGAUAUUUCUGGUCUAAAAUUGCUGCAUGUUUGGCUCCUCGAACUGAUAAUCAGUGCAGAAGGAGAUGGAAAGUCGUGUUUCCAAAUGAAGUGCCUUUACUACGGGAAGCUAGGAAAGUACAAAAAGCAGCUCUGGUAAGAAACUUUGUCGAUCGAGAGUCGGAGCGCCCUGCGCUUGGUCCUGGUGAUUUCCUCCCAUUACCAAUGACAAGUUGUGUAUCUGACCCAGAUUCUCUAAAUCCCUCAAUGAAACAGAAGACAGGUUUGAGUGAUUUAGAGAAGGUGGGCUCCAGGAGGAAAAGAAAAGCAAAUCGAUCAAAUGCCGUGCAAGUGUCAAGAAGUAGUUACAAUGAGGUUGAUUAUGAUGAAUUGGCUGAGCAUGGCUCCUCAAAGAAUACACGAGUGACGAAACCAUUCUCAGGAAAGAGUAGGCAUCGAAAGCAAGCUAAAUAUCAUAUAUCGCAGCCCAUUUCAACAACAUCAGUGCCGAAUGGUGAAAUCAGCGAAGUGAAUGGUCUUUCUUGCAUAGGAGAACAGGGGAAAAUCUCUUCUCGUGUUCAGAAGAAGGUGGAUCCCAAGAAACCCCAAAUUAACUCUGGUCUUGUUGUGAAAAAGGCCAGUUGCAAAAAUGAUGAGACACUGGCAAAACAUGGUUCACUUUUAAGGAACAAGAAGGUCACAAAACUGCAGUCAAAUGAGGGUAAAUUAAACGGACUUGCAGUAGAUCAUUCAUCAUGUCAGCUGGAUCCGACGUCACUAAUCAUGGCUAACGAUGAAAAUUGUCAAGUGCAAGGGAUGUCCGAUUCUAGCCGAAAAACGAAAACUGUUACUUGUGACCAGGAAGUAGGGAACAAGAGACCAAGAGUUGACAGUCAACUUGAUUUGGAGCAAGCCGUGGAAAUAAUUAGUUGCAAUGAGGAAGAAAGACUGACUAGAGAUAAUACUGUUUCAAAGAGAGAAAGUUAUCAAAUGCACGUGUAAGAAAGGACAACCAUAAUGAACGCUCAAAAGAUCAGCAAUCAUCUCAACCAGAUCCAUCAUCCUCAUUGACGAUAAAGGGCAAAAACAUGGAAGUGCAUGACACAGCUAAUAUGACAGAAAAGAAGAAUAUCCCUUCUCGUGCUCAGAAGAAGUUGGGACCCGAGAAGACAAGAAACGAUGGCCAUUUUCACAGGAGCAAAGAUGAUGUAGUGGAAGAUGUCUCUGCGGAAUUGAUUGCUUCAAAGGAACAUGGAAAUUAUAAGACGUAUAAAAGAAGAAAGAGAAAUGUCGCUCCUCCUGACACAUGCUACUCUAAUUCUGAAUGCAUUCCUGCUUUGCCAGAGAAACUCAACAGGUCACAACCAGUAUCAAUCUAUUGUGAGAAAGAUGGGCCUGAACAGCUGAUGACUGGGAAUGAGCCUGUUUCCCAGCAAGUUCCAGAUGCAGAUAACUGCGACGUCACACUUGCUAGCUUGCUUAUCAAGAAACAGAUGAAGAAAGCUGUUCUUACAUCGAGCGAAGGAAAUGGCAUGCCAUCUGAUGUAGACCAAAUGCCCCCUAAUGCUGUAUGUAGGGGCAAGGAACCUAAUCUGCUAGGUACCGCCAACGGGAAUGCUCCAUCCGGGGGACCCACCAGAGAAGAGACGAGGAAUGAUCUGGCCUUCGACCGUGAGGAUGGUGACAUCACUUUGGCGUGCUUUUUGCACAAUAAGUCUAUGAAGAAGAGACCCUGAGUUUACAAGCUGGUGUAGGAGCUCGCACUUGUCGUCUGAGGCGAUUGAGCAUUCUUGGUUUGCUUCAGAAUGAGCAGAUGGAUCUGAAGUCUCUGGUACGCUGUAUUGGAUAUCUCGGAGCCAACAAAACACUUUCUAUCUUUUGAUUUGCGCGUUCCAGAUGGCACUAGGCGCAAGUAUGUGCCUACGAGAUUCUCAAUGGAUCUUAAAUUUCUCUUGGUCUCUAUUUUCUGUAAGAGUGCGACGGUGCAGUGAUUGAGUGAGAGGACGAGGUUAUGGUGUAAACCAUUCUUGGCAUUGGGGAUCUUAAUGAAUCUCCACAUGCAAGAAUCAGCAAUUUUGUGCGAUAGCCUCUCGGUUUUUGGUUGGGGCAACCCCUGCGAAAUGUACAUAUAUGUAACACAUGUUUCUAGAGAAAUAUAUACAGGCGGCACUUUUUGUUUCGUGAACA